AUGGAGAACAAAAGCGAUGAAGAAUACAACGUUAGCUUAGACUCACAAUCCACAAUUUCGUGUAGUGCUACUUAUCAACCUGUGCCCAACACACCCACUCUGAAAAACUCAGUGACAGCAAGCAAGUCGAAGACCCCCAAAUACCUCCGAAAUGCUUCCAUCAAGUUGCUUACACAUCCAGUAGACAAAAACAUUGCUUGGAGCUUCCUGGUAUCGGUCAUUUUUGCAGCGAUAUCAGUUUUGACAGGUUUUCCUACUGUCAUCAUACUAUUGUGGAUUUUAGGCAUAGCUUUAGGUUUAAGGAUAUUUCUUGCAGGAUGUUGUGGUUACAAGAGAAAUGGAAGAAUCGGCGAUGUCGAGGCGCAGCAGGACCAAAAUAGACGUUCAUCUUGUUUACGUCCGGAAAAUUUCAUCAAGCCACCUGAAGCAUUGUGGCUGCACGAUUCGAGCUUCAAUCUGCACAUUGCGCAUUGCCUCUUCUUCCUGGAGCCAGGACUUAGCGCGGAGAAGCUCCAGGACAUAGUCAGGAAUCGGGUGCUCUGCAAGAUCACCAGGAAUGGUGAACGAGCUUUUCCCAGGUUCGUUCAGAAAGUGGUUCCAGUGUGCAGUGGAUACUGUUGGGUGGAUGAUGAGGACUUCACGCUGGAUAAUCACAUCUAUGAGGAACAGUGUGAUAUCGCAACUUCGGAAGAGCUGGAGGAACAUGUCAGCACCCUAAUGAGCCAGCCUCUCCCUUUGUCGAAGCCAUUAUGGGAGAUCAGACUCAUUAAAGACUUUAGCCGGUGUAAAGAUACUGUCCUAGUCAUCAGGAUCCAUCAAGCAGUUACCGAUGCUAUAACUUUAAUCUACAUUCUUGGGAACUGUCUUUCAGAUAACCAGCACUUUAUUAAGUUAAAGACGCGUUUUGGAUCGGCGACGUAUUUUCUUAAUCUUUUUCGUGCACUUUUUGUGGCUCCUUUGACUUUUAUCGGUUGGCUAGUCUUAAAACGCAGGGACUACAAUUUCUUCAACCGUCGUCACAAACCUCAGAGUAGAGUUGUGGCAUGGUCUCACAACAUACGUUUCUCAAAGGUGCUGAGGAUAAAACAGGUCAUGCGUUGCAGUUUGAAUGACGUUUUUGUGUCUGCAGUAUCCGGAGCCGUUAGAGCUUAUUUUGCCAAAAAUGGAAUAAUGAACCCACCGAACGUCACGUUGAGCAUCCCAGUGGAUCUGCGGCAAGAACCUUGCAACGCGUCCAUCGUUCCAAUCAUGGGCUGCAGGUUCUCACAAGUCCAGGUGAGACUCCCAUCCAACACGGAAGGAGCCAUCCCCAGACUUUGGGAUGUGAGACGUCGAAUGGAGGAACUGAAGACUUCUCCUGACACGGUCGUCAUGUAUGGAGCUAUUUACUGCUUGCUUCCAAUCCUGCCAGAAGUCGUGGCUCAAUGGAUACUCAACACUGUCUUUAGAAAGGCUAGUGUAGUUCUCGCCAACGUGCCGGGUCCAGAAGAGAUGCUGAUGCUCGGAGCGAAGAAGCUGAAGAAGAUCACCUACUGGAUGUCCCCUCGUCCAGAGAUCCCCGUCGUCUUUUCCGUCAUCUCCUACGCUGGCAGCAUCCAGUUGGCCGUUUCUGCUGACAAAAGCGUGGUCCCCCAGCCGCAAGCAUUGGUCAAGGAAUUCAUCUUGGAGAUCAGCCGACUGUCACAUCUCCUGGCAAGGCGCAGAAUUCCCGGAGAGCACAGGAGGCGGAGCCAUUUCACCGAAGAGAGAAGACUCGUAGAAAUUAUUAAUCCUCCGGACGAAGAGUUGCAGCAAAAAUUGUACUCAGUUCAAGAAGAGAUUCAUGCAGUAAGCCAAGAGUUGAAUGCACUCACAAGUGGAGCGGUAACAACACAAGCGGGCGAUAAUGUGGUGGUCAUCAAGCCGUGCCGAACAUCAACAGAAUCAAAACUGAUACAGAAACUAGACGAACUCAAAGAAGAAUUUUCUGAACUGAUCCGGGAGCUUAGAAGACGAAAAUCUCUUGCAGAUGGCAUUGUCCUCAACAGCCAGGAUGAAGACAUGGAUGGAGAGUUGAGGCGCCCUCGACGACUGACACUUUCGUCUUCUGGCCGGCGAGCGAGUCUCAAUACCAUGUUGGCAUUGGCAUCGACUACGCGUCCUCUCGCCACGCCCACUAUAUCUCAUCAUUCCUUCGUGGUGUCUACGCCCAAUCUACAGGCCCCCUCCGAGUCACCGACAUCUUCCCAACAGAGGCCAACUUUCCUUCAAGUGGCACAAGAACGAUUUGGAAGAAGAAAAUCUGAUUUUAACUGAAUCGUAGACGCUUCUUUGUAAACAGCUGAUGUGACAGUUUCGGUGAAUUUCUCUAAAGAAGUUGACUCCAUAAUUAGAAAAUGGUCCGUGCCAAAUUGCUUAGGUUGUGCUCGAUGGUGAUUAUACAACUUCAAUUUAAAAUAUAGCAGUUCUAUGAAUACUGUAAAACUUUUUUGAGAUGACUACUAAUUCUUCAUACUGUGGCCGUGAUAUAAAGGUUAGGCUGAAGCAAGAUUUGAUAAAGAUGUGUAAAGAUUCCGAAUUUUAUUCAAA